UUUAGUCUGUCAGGAUCUUUUCUGGUCUCUGUGCUGAUCAUGGAUUUUUCUGUCUACCUCUUGACUGUGCUUUCUCUCCUCUCUCAGUGCACAGCUCAGUGGUGUUACCAGAGCCAGUACUCCUGUGACGACACAUGCAGAGACCCUAUCCACUGGUCAGCUCAGUUUCCCAGCUGUGGUGGAUUACGCCAAUCACCAAUUAACAUCGUCACCAGCAAAGUGCACGUCAACAGCGCCCUGCCACCCUUCAACUUCAUCGGCCACACCGACGCGAUCAACAUUACAGUGGAAAACAAAGGACACUCUGCUCACUUUGCUCUGCCGCAGUCGGUCCGACUGACAGGAGGAGCUCUGCCUGGUCACUACAGAGCCGCCCAAUUUCACUUCCACUGGGGAGGUAAUGGGAGGCCAGGAUCCGAGCACACCAUUGACGGAGAGAGGUACCCCAUGGAGCUGCAUAUAGUCCACAUCAAGGAGCCGUACGGCUCUCUGGCUGAGGCAGAACAUGACAUGGCGGGUAUAGCUCUGCUUGCCUUCCUGUUUGAGGAAACCUCAGAUGAUUAUCCUCCUUUGGACGCAGUAAUAGCCGCUUUGGGCCGAGUGCAAAACAAUGGCAGCGGCACAGUGAUCCCUAACUUUCAACUCAGUGAUAUUAUCCCGUCAGCGAAGGACCUGCACAGUUACUACCGCUAUGUGGGCUCCAUGACAACUCCAGGAUGUGAACAGGCAGUUGCCUGGACGGUGUUUCACAGGACCCUGUCCAUCAGCAGUCGACAGCUGGAUGUGAUAGUUCAGCAGUGUCGAUUCUGGACGGGACAGCCCAUGACUGACAUCUUCAGACCCACGCAGCCUCUGGAUGGCAGAGUUGUGUACCGGUCCAAGGCGAGCGCAGCUCUGACGAGCGUGACCCGCCUUUGGCUCGGUGUUCUCCCCGUUGUGCUCGGGACAACGUGUCUGAUUCACUGA